UAAUCAUCUCUUAAGCAAAAGUUUCUUUCCACAAUCAUGUAUAACAUGAAUUCCAAAGAUCAUUAAGAGUAAAUAUAUAUAUAUGUGCAACAAUUGCGAUAAGGUUUCACAAUUACAUCAACAACAACUUCAAAAGCAGUUCGCACAUCAACAAUUCCAAUAUAUCAAAAUUUUCACAAGCUAUACAAGUGCAACAAGGAUCUAUAACAAUAAUAGCCAUAGCAGUUGCAGUUUGCAAAACUAACAAGCUCAAAGACACCAAUGAAGAUUUUUUUUAAAUUUUGGCCUCUAGAUAUGUAUGUAUCUUAUUGAAGCAAUGAGCGUUCAAAUUCAUUCGUUCAGACUUGAUUUUAAAAAUGCAUCAAUCACCUAUACGUAGACGCAACUUCUCAACAACAGAAAACCAAAAUUAAAAUCAAACUCUAAUACCACAAUACCACAAGGAUGCAGUAUAAGUCCUUGAGCAAAUNAAGUACUUGAGCAAAUAAAAGAAAAGUACAAAACUUCAACUAGUAGAGCAGAAAAAAUUCAACUUCUCACGCUUGCUCCACCGACAUGGAGUCGCGCAAAAACAAUGGCUGAGUUUGGAACAUCAGAAAGAAAAGCCGAGAUUGCUAAAAAAUUAGUUGCAGAGCAUGGCAUACUCACACUCCCAAACACAAAGGAAGGAAAACCUUUAGAGUGCAAAACUGAUGCUCUAGUGACUCAGUUUUAUCAGCGCGAUGAUAUGAGUCACCUGAUGCCAGGGAGGAAAGACUAGGUGUCUGUACGAAUUGACGGUAAGAAAGUUCAAAUGCAGAGGAGGAUAAUUCUCUGCAACCUGAGUGAGCUAUUCGCGAGCUUUUAAUCCGAAUACGAGGAUAUUAAAAUUGGAUUCACAAAAUUUACCCAGCUCAGGCCAAAACAUUGCGUCUUGGCAGGAAGCAGCGGAACUCAUACAGUAUGCGUUUGCAUUUAUCAUGAAAAUGUGAAGCUGAUGUUGAAGGAAAUCAACUUGAAUUAUUUAACAAAUGAUUCGCCGGAAGAUUUGAACAGUUACCGUGAUUGCCUUAAAUUGACAAUGUGUCCUAAUGUAUCAACUUCUUGCCACUUGGGUGAAUGCUCAAAUUGCCCGGGAACUACGUUCAUCAAAGAGAAUUUGAUCAAGUCUUUUGACCGAUAAUUUGUGGUGGAGGUCAAAUUUGAAUCUUGGCUGCAGUCUGAAAGGUGCACAUUGAAAAAAGUUAUCUUAAGUGGGGACGAUUUUGUGGAAGAAAUUUUUACCGGAUUGGUAAAUUUGAGAACCCAUGACUUUCUAGUGAAGGAGCAGCGGUCAUUCUUCGAAAAUUGCAGGCAGGUGAAUUCGUUAUUUCAUACGAUUUCGCAGAAAACUAUAAAUAUGUUAUCCAGGAUGCCAUACAAGCAUUCCAUUUCAAUAACGACCAAGCAACUAUAUUUACAAUAGUUAUUUACUACAUGAAAGAUGGAAAACUGGAACAUAAAAGUAUGGCAAUCAUAUCCGACGAUUUGAAGCAUGACGCCGUUGCUGUUUAUGAGUACCAGAAGAUAAUACUAAAUUAUCUAAAAUCCGAAUUCACAGUAGCGAAGGUAUACUACGUUUCGGAUGGAGCUCGUCAGCAUUUUAAAAACAAAAGUAGCUUCGCAAAUCUUAUGGCUCAUGAAACAGAUUUCGAUACACCAGCUGAGUGGCAUUUUCAUCCUACUGCUCAUGGUAAAGGAGCAUGUGAUGGUAUAGGAGCAAAUAUCAAAAGAAAUGCAGCGAAGUAUAGCCUACAAUGCUCUCAUCAAGCUCGUUUCAUAGAUGCGAUAGCUUUCUUCCGGUGGGCAAAGAAUUAUUGUAAAGAAACUGAAAUAAUAGGGCUAUUCGCGAUUCGGUGCAUAAGAGCUGAAAAAUUUAUGCAAUUGCAGAAAUAUGCUAUGGAUUGUGAGCGACCUUUAUUAAACUGUCAUGGUUCAUGUCAUGAUCAUGCGGAAACUGCGAUAUCACUGAAGAGCAGAUUCGAUGCUGCAGUAACAAUCGAUGGUACCGCUCAAUAUCAUGCUUUCAUACCGAUUGGCGAUGGAAGGCUCAAGUUAAAGAAAUUUUCUUCCUCUACCCAAUGUGAUUUCUUUCCAAAAAGGGAACCCGGAGUGAAAUCAACAGCAGAACCCAGUAACCCUAAGAAAGGAUUGACGAAAAAAGCCACAAAGAAAGGUGGAAAAUAAGGUGGAUGGAAGGCUGGCUAUUAGAAAAUUAACUAUCUUGUAUACUUUUUAUGUAUCUAUUUAUUAAAUUAUAUAUUAAAAACUAUUCUAAAUAAAUAAAAAAAAUCAUAAUUUUCACCAAUUCUAUAGAAAAACAGUUAUUUGAUUCCAGAGGUGUACAUAUUGUGGGUAUUAUAGUG